ACUUGUGUCCUCUGUAGUUGACAUUUAUUUUACAUGCACACCCUCUUACUCUUUCAAGCUAUUCACUUGAAUCCUUGAAUAUCAUGUGAUUAGGAGGGUUGCUGAGUAAUAGAGAAAGAGAGAGAGAGAAAGAGAGAGAGAGACUCUACAGGUUGAACGCAUUACUUUAAGGUGGACUGUGACACGAUGAAGCUCUGUAUGAUUCUCGUCCUUUUACCGAUUCUGCGAGUGAAUGCUUCCUUUGAUGUCGGGCCCUUGUUCACUACACUGUCUGGCUGCAGUGACUCUGGGAACGAAUCCCAGUUCCUCGUGAGUCUGAAUCAGAAUGAAAUAUUGUAUGAAGAUUUUGAGGCCCAGCAACAGAUCAGCAGAUUGCCUCCGUUUAUCGGCCAACUGGAUCUUCCAGAUUUGUAUGUGACAGCAGUUAAUAACAGAGACAGAUGUCUUCUGAACAUCAAGAGAACGAGAAAACUGGUCGGAAGUCCAGCUGAGUCCGAAGAGCCUCCAGAAGUGAGCAUCUACCCAAAACACAACAUAGAGUCUGGAGUAGAAAAUAACUUCAUCUGCUUUAUGAAGAAUUUCUAUCCUCCACACAUCAAAGUUAACUGGAUGAGGAACGGUGAGUCAGUGACAGAGGGAGUGUACAACAGCCAGCUUUCAAUGAACACAGACGGAACCUUUAAUUCAUUCUCCAUCCUGACGAGUUCUCCGACUGAAGGAGAUGAAUACAGCUGCAUGGUGGAGCAUGAAGCUCUGGACUCACCUCAGACUAGAACAUGGGAUGAACCAGUGGUAAUUCAGAGUGUAACUCCGACGGUGGUGUUUGCAGUGGGAAUUGCUGUUGGAAUACUGGGAUUAGCUAUAGGAAUGUUCUUCGUCAUUAAAGCAUCAUGUUCCUGUUAAACUUUUUAACAGGAUCUGUAUGAACACUGGCAACUGGACUUUUUUCUCUCUUGAAAUUAAUAAGAUUUUUUUUUUAAAAAAACACAACUUGUCAUGUGACCUGUCCUGAAGAGCUUUACCAAAGGCUUUACCUCUGACACUGGAGACUCCUUCCAUAAAUGUUAAAUAAACACAUUUCUCCUUACAGGAAA